GGCGGAUGUUCUGCUAAAGUCUGACCGACACUCAGUCAACUUGAGCGGACGUCAGCGUGAGGCUCGUGAGCCCCUCUCGGUCGGCUACCCAGCCUACCGGCCAUUCGUGUGCCUAGGAAGUCCAGUUUAUCAGACGAUUUAGCGGACUGGCUCAGCGAACGAGAAGACGCUGGCGGUGUUUCGGUUAACCCAGCGUCGAAGACUUCAAAUCAAAUCAGUGUUGAUUAAUUUCGACAUUUAAAAUGUCCAUAUUACCGUUCACGCCUCCCAUAGUGAAGAGGCUUCUCGGCUGGAAGAAGGGGGAGCAGAACGGCCAAGAGGAGAAAUGGUGCGAAAAGGCUGUCAAAAGUCUGGUGAAGAAGUUGAAAAAGACCGGACAGUUGGACGAGUUGGAAAAGGCUAUCACGACACAAAAUGUCAACACCAAAUGUUUAACCAUACCAAGAUCACUAGACGGUCGACUCCAGGUCUCUCACAAAAAAGGUCUUCCUCACGUGAUCUACUGCCGCCUGUGGCGCUGGCCCGACCUGCAGUCUCACCAUGAGCUGCGGGCCAUUGACCUGUGCGAAUACGCUUUCCACACAAAGAAAGACGAAGUGUGCGUGAACCCUUAUCAUUACCUGAGGGUGGAGACGCCAAUUUUGCCACCUGUUCUAGUUCCACGACAUACAGACAUCCCUGCAGAGUUCCCCCCACUGGAUGACUAUAGCCCCUCCAUCCCUGAAAACACAAACUUCCCUGCUGGGAUUGAACCACGGAGUAACUACAUACCUGAAACCCCCCCACCAGGGUACCUGAGUGAGGAUGGCGAGACGAGCGAUCACCAACUCAACCACAGCAUGGACACAGAUUCUCCCAGCCUGUCACCCAAUCCCACAAACACAAACAAUAAUCUUGACCUACAACCUGUGACAUACUGCGAGUCCGCUUUCUGGUGCUCCAUCUCCUACUAUGAGCUCAACCAGCGUGUAGGAGAGACUUUCCACGCCUCCCAGCCCUCCCUCACGGUCGACGGCUUCACUGACCCCUCCAACUCUGAGCGCUUCUGUCUGGGCCUGUUGUCCAAUGUUAACCGCAAUUCUGCAGUGGAGCUCACACGCAGACAUAUAGGACGGGGUGUUAGGUUGUACUACAUUGGUGGAGAAGUGUUUGCCGAGUGUCUCAGUGACAGUGCCAUCUUUGUCCAGAGUCCCAACUGCAACCAGCGCUACGGAUGGCAUCCUGCUACUGUCUGCAAGAUCCCUCCAGGUUGCAACUUGAAGAUCUUCAAUAACCAGGAGUUUGCCGCUCUUCUUGCCCAGUCGGUGAACCAGGGCUUCGAGGCUGUUUACCAGCUCACCAGGAUGUGCACCAUUCGCAUGAGUUUUGUCAAAGGAUGGGGUGCCGAGUACAGACGUCAGACAGUGACCAGCACACCCUGCUGGAUAGAGCUGCAUCUCAACGGUCCUUUGCAGUGGCUGGACAAGGUUCUCACACAGAUGGGUUCUCCCAGCAUCCACUGCUCCAGUGUGUCUUAGAGGCAGCCACCUCCAUGUUGACGCUUCAAGCCACACGAGACUACUUCAGUUACUCACUCUCUCAGUGCCGAUAUAAGGAAAGAGACAGUAUUCAUCAGAUCAGCCUCCUCCCUUGCUGUAACUUUUAACCUCACACACGUUGCACUUUUGCUUGGCACUGUUUAAGUGAUGGUGCUUUUGUUCUACGUGUUCCACGUGUGGCCACCGGGUAUUAUCUGUACUUUUCAGAUACACAGCCUUUUUUUCAUCACUAAGAUAACAAGUAACCAUGCAUAGCAACAGUCUUGUGUUCAUGUUGUUUUCAGCGGUGAUGCCACCGAGUGAAAUUCCACCAACUAAAGCAUGAUGGGACAUUUUCAUGAAACUUUGUGGAGGAGUAGGACACAUUGAGGCAAUUUAUUUUCACCUAUUACAUUUUUCAUUGAUUUUCUCAGGAACUACAAACAGAAACCUAAAUUAGCCCCCCAAACCCUCCACUAAAUCUUGACAUGACAACACUGUUCCUGCUUGUUUAUUAUGAUUUAAAAACAUUGAUUCUAUGAAUUAACUAAACUUUGAGCUGGUCUUUAUGUCCCAGUGAAAUCCCUUUAAAACAGAAAAUGACCAUGAUCAAUGUGAUAAAAUUAAUGUAUAAAUUGUUUUAAGUACAAGGUACUUCCCCCCCCCCCCCCCCAAAAAAAAAUAUUUCAUCAUAUUAAUGAGAAUUAGAUGAUUAUUUCUUAAUUGGUUGUUUAUCUAUUUUAAACAAGAUCAGCACUAUGAAUUCUUGGAUUUAAAAAAAAAAAAAAAAAAAAAAAAAACCUUGUAUGAAAAACUAUUUUGCUAAGUAAAAAAUACAUUUUAUAAGUUAUUUUUUGCAUAUUGUCCUGCAUGAAAAUAUAUUUUUUAUUAUUGCCUCAGUAUGAUUGUACAUAACUAUUUAUAGUGUGUGAUUUCUUAUAGUUAUGCAUUGAGGGAAAUGUGACUGCACAUGACUGACUGUAUGGCACAGGCAGGUGUAUACUUUCAUGACUGCCUGCUUUAUUGCUGACUUUUCACAGCUCUGGUCAACUUGCCAACACACAGGAUUAGUGCAUAUAACACUGACUAAUUAAACAUGGUUCUGUUAAAGGUUUGCAUAGUUGUUGAGGCAUGUUUGGAUGAAAAACAAAGCUCUUAUUGUAUACUACCAACCAGUGGCCAAUCUGCUUCAUGUGGGUGAAUGAUGCACUUCCAAUUUACUGUUGGUGUACAGCUUCAGUUCCAGUGAUUUGUGUCUCUAAAAGUGUAUGUACAAAGCUACAGUGCAUGUGUAAUUAGCCUGCUGUCCUUGAAUUUGCCAUGUGAAUGAAUACUCAUGCUCUUACAUUACAGAACCUCAUCUAUUAAAUCAGUCACACAUUAUGCAACAGUGCAUUGGGUAGAUGAUAGAGCUUUGUCUGCUCUUGUGGUCUUCAGUGUCUUAUGUACAUGCAUUUUGUUCAGUCUUAAAUGGCCUUUUAUUUGAUGUGAAACGGCUAAUAAAUAAAUGUGAAGUAUUUGCUUCCAGUAGAACA